UCCGCCCGCCGGCCUCCUCGCGUCCCGCCUCGAAGCCUGCGCAGAGCCAGGGUGGCCGAGUGGCCGGCUCUGGGAGGUGGAAGCCCCGGGGGAGUUUGUGAGACUCGGUUUCCCCAAGUUUCAAAAGGGGACACUAGCUCCGGACCCACCCACUUCCUGAGGUGGGGACUGCCAAAUAAGGUGCGGCGGCGAGGCGCCGGCAGCGAGCCUUUCUGCCCCGGGUUGGGCAACCCGGCCCACGCCCGCCGCCGGUUACCUCCCCUCCCGUGGGGCUCCGAGGUGCGCUCUGUGCUGUUUAUCUGGCAGGAGUGCAGGGCUUCCUGCGUGGCUGGUGGGGAGGAGGGGCGCCAAGGAGGGCGGCUGAGACUUUGUGAAGGUCCCAAGGGCUCCCCACCGGCCGGGAGACACGCGCCCGUCCUGUUCACAGAUGCCAAAACCGAGGCCGGCCGGGAGGUGCCUCGGCCUCCAGGGUGCCACCAGCCAGAGCGUGCUAACAGCUCUUUGAGGACACAACUUUGAGACUCCCGUGGCACCAAGGACCUGAGGAGGGGGAGGGCCAUGAGGCAGGCACCGGAGGGGAGGCCAGGACCCUCCUGGAGGAGAGAACAAGACCCGAGACAGGACGAGGCACAGAGACCAUGAACUACGGGCCCAGAGGAGGUGGCUUCUUUGCAGCCAUCAGUAGGUCCUCAAGUGGGAGGCCUUCGGCUGCUUCUAAGUACCUUGGCCUGAAGGUCCAGCCCUGCCCAGCCCCUGCCACCACACGGUCCCCUGGCACAGUCCCCCUCUGUGCACACCCACACUGGACUUAGCCCAGGCCCAACCUGAAAGCCACCUCUUCCGUUGGAGCAUGUGGCACUUCUGCUGACACCUGCACUGUGAAUCUGUCCCCCGGCCCCCACCCCACUGUGUGCCCAGCACCAGCAUCAAGUUUGGGCCUGGCACAGAGGGGGCUCUGGAAAUGACGAGGGUGGUGAAGGGGGGCAGACGACGUCCCGGAGAACUCAGAGCUGGGAUGACCCACCCCCAAAGGAGGGGGACAGGGGGCUUCGAGGCCUCCCAGGGGAUCCGAGGACAAGCAGUCCAGCAAGGCUCCUAAAUGUCAAGCAUGGAGCCCCUUGCAGAGUGCUGGCAAUGGGGCCACGAGGAGGGAUGGAAGAGGGUGACAGCCACAGAGGCCCGGAAGUUCAGAAAUAACUGGCUUUGGACACCCAGCAGCCGACUGGUGCAAUGAGGGGCUGUGUGUCACUAUCGCACUCUCCUGGGUGACCUGCUGAAGAAAGAUAAGGCUCGCCAGGGCCAGGCCUCUGGGUCAGGAGCAGCCACACUGCAGUCCUCCGUGGGACACCAGAGGGAGGGAAGGUGGGCCCCAGCUCAGCUGGCAGAAGGCUUGCAGACGACCAGGCCUACGCCUCUCACCUGCGCCCCCGGUGCCCCGCAGCCUGCAGGAAGUGCCGCUCAGCCUCAGAACAGAGGAAACGUCGGGGAAGGCCAGGGUUCCUGUCAUGUGACCCCAGCCUAGCUCUCUCACAGUCUUGUCUGGCUUGGCGGCGGCCGGCCCCAGCAGAGGGCUCCGGGAGCGUGGGCUCCUUGUCCCCAGCACCAAGACCUUGCAGCUCCCCGUCUGGCGCCCCACGUCCCUCGUCCCUCCUGAGAGCAGGGCUUGAACCUGUGCCCCCAACCCCGGCCCAUCCCCACCACCGGAUGUUUCACGAGUGGUCAAUGCAGUUGGGGCAGACCCCAGGGGGCCCAGGACCCCAGCCGGAGGCCGAGGAGCUCUGGGAGCGGGAGAUGGAGUGGCUGCGUGCCUCCCAGGAACCCCUGCGCUUGCUGCCCUAUGCCAUGGUGGACAAGCGCUUCAUCCGGCAGAUGCGGGAGCCUGAGGACAUGGAGAUGACGUGCUGGCAGCAGUGGCAACGCAGGCAACAGACCAUGGCACACCGCCUGAGGGAGGCAGCAUGGCGGCUUGCCCGGGGCUUCGGGCUCUGGGAGGGGGCACUGUACGAGAUCGGGGGUAGGUCCCUGACUUCCCAUGUCCCCUCUUUGGAGUCCUGCUGCCCAGCUUGGAAAGGGAGGAGGGCACCAUCUCACCCCCACCGACCAGCCCCUCCAUCCUGGCACAUCCGGAGUCCCAGGAGUCUGGUGCCAACCUCGUUGGGUGACAGCACCCCCUGGUGGCCCUCAGAGGCACUGCCAGAGCAUGGGGGCCGGUGGGCACCCACACCCGGUGGCUCUGGGAGUCCCAGCUCGGGCCCUGACUGCUCCCCUCACUCCCUGGCCUUCUUUACAGGCCUUUUCGGCUCAGGCAUCCGCUCCUACUUUACCUUCCUCCGCUUCCUGCUGCUGCUCAACCUGCUGACUGUGCUGCUGACCGCCAACUUCGUGCUGGUACCCCUGGCCUGGCUCCACCCCCCGGGCCCAAGUCCCGCCCCAAACUUCACCCUCCAGUGCCCCAGGGGCCACCAGCCCCAGACUGACGUUCCCAGGUUCCACAACCGGCUAUGGAAUGUUUUAACUGGCAGGGCCUUCAACAACACUUAUCUUUUCUACGGCGCCUACCGGGCGGGGCCGGAGAGCAGCUCCGCCUACAGCAUCCGGCUGGCCUACCUCCUCUGCCCGCUGGCCUGCCUGAUGCUCUGCUUCUGUGGGACGCUGCGGAGAAUGGUGAAGGGCUUGCCACAGAGGCCAGGGCUGGGGCAGGCCUACAGGGUGCCUCUCAGUGCCAAGGUCUUCUCGUCCUGGGACUUCUGCAUUCAUGUUCGGGAAGCCGCCACCAUCAAGAAGCACGAGAUCAGCAAUGAGUUCAAGGGGUACCUGGAGGAGAGCCACCGCCUCCGAGGGGCGCAGCGGGAGACCCCCGCCCAGCGCGCCUGCCGCCUGCUCAGCUACCUGCGCAUCAACGUCCUCAUGGGACUCCUGGUUGCCGGGGGCAUCAGCGCCAUCUUCUGGGCCACCAAGUACUCGCAGGACAACAAGGAGGAGCCGCUGUUCUUGGUGCUCCAGUACCUGCCCCCCGGGGUCAUCUCGUUGGUCAACUUCCUGGGGCCUAUGGUGUUCGUGUUCCUGGUCCAGCUGGAGAACUACCCGCCCAGCACCGAGGUCAACCUCACCCUCAUCUGGUGCGUGGUGCUGAAGCUGGCCAGCCUGGGGAUGUUCUCCUUCUCACUGGGUCAGACGAUGCUGUGCAUUGGCAGAAACAAGACCAGCUGCGAGGCCUACGGCUACAACGCCUGUGACUACCAGUGCUGGGAAAACUCAGUGGGCGAGGAGCUGUACAAGCUGAUCAUCUUCAACUUCCUUCUCACGGUGGCCUUUGCCUUUCUUGUCAGCCUGCCUCGGAGGCUGCUGGUGGAGCGGUUCUCAGGCCGGUUCUGGACUUGGCUGGACAGGGAGGAGUUCCUGGUGCCCAAGAACGUGCUGGACAUCGUGGCGGGGCAGGCGGUCACCUGGAUGGGCCUCUUCUACUGUCCCCUGCUGCCUCUGUUCCACAGCAUCUUCCUCUUCCUCACCUUCUACAUCAAGAAGUACACCCUCUUGAGGAACUGCAGGGCGUCCCCUCGGCUCUUCCGUGCCUCCAGCUCCACCUUCUUCUUCCAGCUGGUGCUGCUCCUGGGCCUGCUCCUGGCAGCGGCACCCCUGGGCUAUGUGGUCAGCAGCACCCACUCCUCCUGGGACUGUGGUCUCUUCUCCAACUACUCAGCCCCCUGGCAGGUGGUGCAGGAGCUGGUGGCUCUGCGGCUCCCAGUCCCUGGCCAGCGUGUCCUCCACUAUCUCGGCUCCCACGCCUUCAGCUUCCCCCUCCUCAUCCUGCUCAGGUGCCUAUCGGGGUGGCAGGGACCGUGGGAGGGGAACGCCGAGGAGGGUGUCCUUUUCCCUAGCCCGUCUCACGGGGCCCAGAAGAUAUGCAGGGAAGCCCAGCCUUGUCCUGACCGUGUGCGUCUCCCAGUCCCAGGCCAAUGCGAGAGCCAUCCACGUGCUCCGGAAGCAGUUGGUGUGGCAGGUCCAGGAGAAGUGGCACCUGGUGGAGGAGCUGUCGCGGCUGCUGCCAGAGCCAGGCUCGAGCGAAUCUCCGAUCCCCGACUCCCCUCACUUCCGAGCUUCGCGCCCAAGGUCCUUUGGCCCCGGAUUCCCGAGCCCAGGUUCCCCGGGCCCCAGGCCGGGACCCUUCCACACGGACCGUCCCUGAUUAGGCUCCUCCUACCCCGGAUAGCGCGGUGCCCCGGCCCCGCCCCCCAUGCCGCUUUCCCCACGGCACGGGCACGGAGCUGUAGCUGUCGCUGGCUGUAGCACCGAUUCGGCGUCCCCCACGAGUGGACCUGCAGCACCCACUUUCCCACCCUGGCCUCUAGAGACGCCCCCCUCCACACCAACAGGGCCCCCCAAAGAGGGACACACAUCCCCAGGGGCAGCAGGAAGACCAUAUGGGAAUUUCUUUUUUUUUAAUCUCAUUCCUUUAAAAUUUCUAUUUUUUUACUAAAUAUUUUAUACUGCACAAAAUAUAUAAUUAUAGUGACCGACCCAUAAACACAGUUCACAAAUACUGCAUCUUUUUGAGGUGCUGGGAAGUUGCUAACGGGAGGGCGCACUCACAAAGCUUGGAGCCCUCUCCCUUGCGGAGAGUGGGGAGAGGGGAGCUGGCCGACCCUGCAUGAGAGCUGCCCUAUGCACACCCCACUGCAGCCCACCUGCUCAGCCCUUCCCAGUGUGGACAGGAAGCUCGCAGAGGUCAGGACCACAGCCAGCAAGGGCAGAGCUGGGACUUGAACCCAGGGCAGAAGGGCAAAGCCACACUGACUCAGAAGAGGCUCAGCAGCCAUUCCUGACCCUAAGCACGAGGACUCCCUGAAGUCCAAGUCCGGGUGAAUGGGAGGGUGUUGUCGCACUCUGUCCCUGCUGUAGCCAGCAAAAGUGCUGUAGGGAAUGGAACGUGGGUUCAUGCCUUGUCUUCUGCAGAACCUGUCCUCCCACGCUGCUCACUAAGCCAACCGCAAGCCUCUGUGGGGUGAGGGUCUGCCAGGGUCCUAGCAGCAUCAGUAGGGUUACACUGUGACAGACACAUGGAGUGUGGGUCUCACCAGGUAGCAUGGCCCUCAGGCCUAGGAUGUGGCCCAAGGCUGCACCCCAGAUUUCAGAGCUGUUCAGCGAUCCUUUGCUGAGCCUGCUGCCCCCACCUCAUGCUGCACUGGCCUCGGAAGCUGACUCCUCCAGCACCUGGUGUGACUGAAUAGGAGGCAGCCAGCAGCCAGGGUGUCCAGACUUUUUAAAGUGCCCUGGCGACUCUCAAAGGGAGCUGGCAUUUAGGGCUAUGGGGAGGGAAGGUCAGAAGAAAUCCCAGGACUUGCUUGAAGAGCCUCCUGCUACCCCAGGGGACCAGCGCCUGGCUGAUUCCCAUCUGGCAGAUGUCAUCACAGUGGCUCUGCCUGCUGCCCUCAGGGCUGGGGCUUCCCAUCUGAUCAUAAAGCCUUGGCCAGUCCAGCCCCUCUCCACUGACCUAAUCUCACUGGCUGGUAUUGUAUGACCACCACUGUCACCCAUGUGGAGUGAGUGCUGCUAAAUGCCAGGUCCUGUUCCUGGGGUGGCAGUGAGGCCACUCCAGAAGCAGGAGCUCUGUGUGUAGUCUGGGAAGGGAUCAUCGGCACUCUCCAGGUGGGGUCCAGCAAUUGAUGCCUCCCAUGUGAGCCACAC